GGAAGCGGGAGGCGCGCCCAGGGAGCUACGGGAUUCGGAACUGGGAGGCGGCGGCCUCUGGCUGCUCAGUCGCGCGCCCCCUUUACCUGCUGCGCCCGCGGAGCCUCUGCUCUGCAGCCGCCCAGCCCACCCGCUCCCCGCCGCUUGCCUCCGCAGCGCCCGAACCGGGGCAAAGAGCCGUUUGGGCUGGAGAGAAAGGGACGCGGGGGUGGCCACGGCAGGGUUCACCUCCAAUUCUGCUCAUCAUGGGAGAGAUCAAAGUCUCUCCAGAUUAUAAUUGGUUUAGAAGUACAGUUCCCCUUAAAAAGAUAAUUGUAGAUGAUGAUGACAGUAAGAUCUGGUCGCUCUAUGACGCUGGCCCCAGAAGCAUCAGGUGCCCGCUCAUCUUCCUCCCUCCUGUCAGUGGAACUGCAGAUGUGUUUUUCCAGCAGAUCUUGGCUCUCACUGGAUGGGGUUACCGAGUUAUAGCUUUGCAGUAUCCAGUUUAUUGGGACCAUCUUGAAUUCUGUGAUGGAUUCAGAAAACUUUUAGACCACUUACAGUUGGAUAAAGUCCAUUUGUUUGGAGCAUCUUUGGGAGGAUUUUUGGCUCAAAAAUUUGCUGAAUACACUCACAAGUCUCCAAGAGUCCACUCCCUCAUCCUCUGCAAUGCCUUCAGUGACACAUCCAUCUUCAACCAAACGUGGACUGCAAACAGCUUUUGGCUGAUGCCAGCAUUUAUGCUCAAGAAAAUAGUUCUUGGGAACUUUUCCUCUGGCCCAGUGGACCCAAUGAUGGCAGAUGCCAUUGACUUCAUGGUGGAUAGGCUGGAGAGUUUGGGUCAAAGUGAACUGGCUUCAAGACUAACUCUCAAUUGCCAGAAUUCAUAUGUGGAACCUCAUAAAAUUCGGGACAUCCCUGUAACCAUCAUGGAUGUGUUUGACCAGAGUGCACUGUCAACGGAAGCCAAGGAAGAAAUGUACAAACUGUACCCUAAUGCCCGGAGAGCUCACCUUAAGACAGGAGGCAAUUUCCCCUAUCUGUGCAGGAGUGCAGAGGUCAAUCUUUAUGUGCAGAUACAUUUGCUGCAGUUCCAUGGAACCAAAUACGCCGCCAUUGACCCGUCAGUGGUCAGUGCAGAGGAGCUAGAGGUGCAGAAAGGCCGCCUCGGCCUCAGCCAGGAGGAGCCGUAGACGGAGCUCUCCACACGCCCAGCAGCGUGGUCUUCUACAAUCAGUUCAGGUGCACAGUCACACUGGUCCUCACUGUUUCAGAAGUGGGACUGAUGGUCAAGACAUGCAUCAGCUCUUGUAGGCCAGUGUGGCUGUCCCCUCUCCAGGACUGUUUGUUUGGGUUUUUUUAAACUUUUGAAUUUGAAGAACUUUUAAAGACUCCAACUUUAAGAAUUAGAAUUGUGGAAAUUUUGCUACCAAGAGCCUUCUCCCCCCACUCCCGUUGUGUUCCUUUGGAAGGCUUGGGAUCACAUGGCGUUUUCUUUUUCCUGUCUUCUUCCUACGUUCCUCACUGUAAAUGCUGCACCCCCAGACUGGAAGAGGAACCCACUUAUUUUCAUACCACUCCCCUGCAAAUCUGCUGCUUCAGUUUCCAGUUGAGCACACCAUUUUGAGUAUUAGAUGUUGUAUUUCUGGACAUUACAGUCAUUUGGAAUAAAAACUGGAUCUCAGUGA